CACUACAACACCAGACUUAUUUAAAAGUGUCACAUUAUAGCCGGAGCGUCACGAAUGCUCUGGCGUCCCGUUCCUGAUGCAAUAGAAAUCUGAAGAUUACAGAGUCAAAUCAAAGCCCCCAAAGACGCCGUGGAGCUAUAUUUGACCAAAGAGGAGUCUAGGAGUCAGUCUGCGGAGGAGAACUGCGAAGUUAUUACGGUACACCAGAAGCAGGGGCAGCCAGCCGGGCGAUCUGAGUGUUUCCUGGCUUUGAUGCGACCCGAGGGUGCCUGGAGCAUGUCCACAGUGGGCCUGACUGCCCAGGAGAUCUCUUUUCCCAUAGAAAACCCCUUCCUGAGGGGCAGCUACUGUCACAGCAUGGCUGGAUCCAAACCCUCUUGGAGCUAUCGCCAUGAGCUGGACAACUUCUACUUCAGUAUGGACACUGCACACACAGAUCACAGCUCACGUGCCCAGCAAAAAGGGCCACCUCCACUGUCUCUAAGUUAUGAAAGACAUAAACACAGUCCCAGCUCACAGAGAUUACCUCCAAAGAAAUCCCGGCCCUCCCAUCUCUCCCUGUCCUGCAGUGCUGAACCAUCCACCCCAAGUCCUGCUGAUGACGACCAGGUGGUCCCCUCAUUCCAGAGGCUCUCGGUUUAUGAGUGCAGCAGUCCACCACAGACACCAGGCAGAUGCUCCAAGCCUCUGCCCCCCAUCCCUCCACAAACCGACAUCUCCACUGAGCAGGCUAUGGACAAUGAGGUAGAAUUUUUCACAAGUUCGGACGACAGCUGCUGCCUGGUGUCUGAUCAGUAUCCCAAAUCGUCUCCUUUUCGUUAUGUAGUCCCCAGUCGAAGGAGCUUCAGGGACUGCGGGCAGAUUAACUACGCUUACUAUGACGGCCCAUUAGGACCGCAAAGCCCAAAGCCGUCCCAACAGCAGCAUCAGACACUUCCUCCACAGGAAGUGCGGGAACAGUAUGAGCAGCAGCGACAGGAACCACCUGAGCCAGUGGUCUGUCAGAGACAGCAGGACAAAGCUCAGAGGAGGCUGCGGCGCUCACACUCUGGCCCAGCUGGAUCCUUUAACAAGCCCUCGCUGCUGCGCCUCACGUGCCACAAACGCUACACCCACUGUAUGGAUAAGCCUGAGGUGCCACCCCCUAUUCCUCCACGAACGAUCAAGACAGGAGACUACCGCCGCUGGUCAGCAGAAGUCUCGUCUGGGGCUUACAGCGAUGAGGACAAACCACCCAAGGUGCCCCCAAGGGAACCUUUGUCCAGAGGCAGCUCACGCACCCCCAGCCCCAAGAGCCUCCCAACAUACAUAAAUGGGGUGAUGCCUCCAACCCAAAGCUUUGCACCAGAUCCUAAGUACGUAAGCUGUCGGGGUUUACAGAGACAGAACAGUGAGGGCUCCCCCUGCAUCCUUCCUGUUAUGGAGAAUGGCAAGAAAGCCAGCACCACACAUUACUAUCUCCUGCCUCAGCGGCCUGCUUUCGUGGACUCACCUUGUGUAGAGAAAUUUCUUCGAGUCAUGGACAGACCUGCAGCUCGCAAUACAGAUGUAUCAGACUCAGACUGGGACUGCCACACCAGGAGGAAAGCACAUGUGGAUUUAGUUUGAAAGGUUUAAGUGGAAGUAGCAGAGGACUCUACUGGACAUGAGCAAAAACCACUUCAAAAAAUGGUGAAACUGGAUGCUAAAACCCCUCAAACAGCUGCUUUUUUUUUUUUUUUUAAACCCCUCAUGUAUUCUGAACACACAGGGUAUGUGCGCACUGUAUUCAGUUACUGGUAAUGUUGGAAUAGCUAUCACAACCGAGAUACUUUUAUGUAAAAAUUGUAUCUCUGACUAUAGAUUAUGGGCAAAAUUCAACAUUGUAGAGCUUAUUUUUGAUAUGAUUUUUAUUUCAUGACAUUCAAUAAUGUGCUAUUUUUGCUGAUAAUGUGGUACAGUAAGAAGGUACAAGCAGGCCUUGAACCUCGUGCUCAGUGUUUUCUGUGUCUGGAAGGUUGAAGAUGUUUUGUGAGAUACAUUGAUGCUGCUUUUGUAUCUCACAAGGGACAAAAGGUCAGUAAUGUAACCAUGUAUCACUUAAUAUAUGAAGUCUAAAUACAAAGCCAAUUAAUUUUUUACAAAUAUGAAGGAUGCUAGCACACAAAUCUCCAUUCUGUUUGCUAUUAUAUAUCAACACUGAUAUGGUUUCCCUGUCUUGAUGAAGUUUGAGUCUUACUCAGGCCACUAUAUCUGUGUAAAUAUGUGUUUCCCACAUGGCACGUUGUCAUGGUACAUUUUGUACUAAGAGGUGGGUACAUUACUGGUAGCUAUGCAUAUUUCCUUUGGAAUGUCUAGUGCAGCUUUUAUGGUGUAGUUGUCUGUUGAUGAGUGUGUCUGUGUGGAUGUAUGUAUGUGCGUGGACUUGUUUGUGCAUACGUGCAUGUGAACAGCAGUUGGAAAAGUGUUCUGGUGUUAAAGUGACUUUCUACAAUUGGUAGAAGAUUGUCAACCAUACUUGUUACUGUGCUCUGCUUAUUUGCAGCACCUGCUUUUGAGUACAGCCCUCUAAAAAGUGCACACAUUUGAUUGCUUUCUUUCAGUGUCCAGGUCCGUUUUGUUGCACAGAAAUUGGCCUGUUGAACAUGAAGUGAAUGUAUGCUAUUCUUACUGAAAUACCAUCAAACAGCUGGAGAAGCUUAUUUUUGGUCAAGCUGUGAGUUAUUGCUUGGAACAAAUUUGCCUCAAGUACUACCUCCAUUUGAUAUUAAUCCUAUAUUUCACAUGCUCCCCAUUAAUAAAGGAAAAUUCUGAAAUUAUAAUCUAUAAAAGAUGAGUUAACCAGCUCCAUAUCUGACCUGACACAAAAUUUUAAUUCACUUGCACUUCAGUUAAGAGUAACACAAAGUCAAUUCUAACCGGAUAUACUUAUUCAUUUUAGAUCACGCAGAACUUAUAUCACAGAGAUGUUAGGCUAACCUGUUAAUACAGACGCAUUACAGUGCAGGGUUUACCUACCUGACACAGACUUUCCUGUUCUGCUCAUGCAUUCCUGCCUUACAUGAUUGCAGUGGGUGUGGUCUGAGAGACUUUGGCUGCUGGCAGCCUAGAAAAUAUAUGAAUUUUUAUUGUUGUAGAUUAUUCAAAAAGCAUCAGAAUGAUAUAGUAAAUGUAGCACAUGUAUUGAAGUAACCCUUGGUAUCGAACACGGUGUUCAGUUUGGGAAACAGAUAACUGCUAAGGUCAAACGGUCAUUGAAAUAUACUUUUUCUCUCCCUCCUGCUCACGAAACCUUGCCAACAUAAUGUUGCUUUUGACUUAAAUGUCUGAAAAAAUGUUUACAUCAUACACUGAUACUAUUUAAUCUUAAGGUAUUCAUAUGUCUUAUUAGAAAUAAUAAAACUGAAUGAAGUACUAGUUUAUCAAAUAACUUCUCUGCUGUGGUGAAGACAUGCACUGGGAGAGUACAGUAUGCUGUGUACAGUAUUUAACAAUUCCAUUUGUUGUUAUGAACAGUUGAUAAGUAUAUAGUCUUUAAAAAGAAAGCAAAAUAAAAUUACUUAUUUAUGA